UCAUCUCUCGUCGGUCUUUUUGUCCUCUUUGCACGCUCUUCUUGUUUUUUUUUCAAACACGGUGAAAAGGAAAAAUUCUACGGUCCCGUGGUCAAAAAAGAAGCUCCAUAAAUAUAAAAUAACACAUAACGAGAGAGAGGAAACGUUUCUUUCUUCAUUGUCUUUUAUUGGAAUCUCCGUCCCUUUUCUUUGUUGAUCGGUUCGGUGGUGUGAAUCUAGACAUGGCUGCCGCCAAGCUCGUGGCUUUGUUACUUCUCGCCUUGGUUUUCACCACCACUGUCUUCGCCGAUGCCGGUGAGAAGCCGGAGGUUGUUGACGCGGCUGGAUCCGACGGCUCUUCUAAGAUCCAGCUGGAUCAGCUUAACUCCAAGAUCCGAGCUUUAGAAACCCAAAUCGAUGAGAAGACCCGUGAAGUUAAGGGCAAAGAUGAGUUGGUAGCGGAGAAGGAGAAGCUUCUCAAACAGAAGGAAGACAAGAUUGCUUCUUUGCAAACUGAAGUCUCAUCACUACAAGGAUCAUCUGAUUCUGCAAAAGAGUUGGGGAAGGCUCAAGAACGUGUUGUUGAAUUAGGGAAGCAGGUAGAGGUACUCAGAAACUUCCUGGAGCAAAAAAACAAGGAGAAAGCUUCCAAAGAAGCUCGGACCAAGGAAGCUGAGAAAAAACUAAGUGAAGUAAACUCAAGCCUAGGAAAACUUCAGAAGACAAAUGAAGAGCAGAAGAACAAAAUAGGCAAACUUGAACGUGCUAUUAAGAUGGCUGAGGAAGAAAUGUUGAGAACAAAGCUUGAAGCAACCUCAAAGGCUAAGGCACUCCUGGAGGCUCAUGGUUCGUGGCUUCCCCCUUGGCUUGCUGUUCACUGGAGUAGUUUCCAGAGUUAUACCGAGACACACUGGGAGGCCCAUGGGAAGCCUGUUGUGGAGACAGUCAUUCUAAAGGUCACGGAAGCAAAAGCUCAAGCUGAUAAGUGGGCUGAACCACAUGUGGAAACCAUUAAAACUAAAUAUAUUCCAGCCGUGAAAGAAACUGUUGCGACGCAUGUUCAGCCACACGUCCGAACACUAUCCAUCAAAGCCAAAGAGGCUUACCAUGCAUCCAAGAGUGCUGUUUCCCCUCACAUUGUCACGGUUCAAGAAAUUGUAGACCCUUAUUAUCAGGAGGCUAAAAAGUUUAGCAAGCCAUAUGUUGAGCAAGUGGCAACGGCUACGAAACCACAUGUUGAUAAAAUCAAGGUUGCCGUGAAACCUUACACAACCAAGGUGGUCAUUGUUUACACAGAGUUCCUUGAAUCCGCCACGACUUAUCAUAAUCAGGUCCAAGCCCAUGUUGAACAAAAACUGAAGAGCCAUGAGCUCACAGAGGCUUUUGCUACCAGUGAAUUUGUUUGGUUUGCGGCCUCUGCGUUGUUGGCGUUACCUAUCUUCUUUGCAUACAGAAUACUUGUUUCCCUCUUCUGCACAAAGGCAAAGACGCCUGUUAAGCACCCUCAUCACCAUGGUCGUCGUAAGACCAAAAAGGGUCACAGUCACGUUGAGAAGUGAAAAUUCAUUGUUCCACGUGCUCAAAAUAGUUGAGGUAAGAGAUUAAAACGCCUUUGUCGCGGACUCUUCUAAGAUGAUGUGGUCACCGAUCUGGUUGCUUGUUACCUUGUUGGACUCUGCUCUUUGUGCAAAUGUGUUGGCUUCUUUCUUUUAUUAUUUUGUGCUGUUUUGGACAAACAUUCAGUCUUUUUACACAGAAUAUUACUAUUAGACAAUACUAGAGAAAAUCUAGCAAAGCUUGGUGUAAUUUUAGUGUAUUUUUACAUUUCACGUGGAUAUUUAUAUUGGGAUUUGUUUCACGUUGUUUCUUUCUUCUAUUCAAAUGAUAGUUUAACA